CUUCCAUUGUAUCUAUAAGAACGGAGGCUGCCGAACUCGAUUCAGUUUUUUCUCUUUGAAAACACAAACCUGCAGCCGCCUUUGCUCGUAAUCGAGAAAGGAUGAGACGAUGGAGGAGAACUUUUCUUUCUUCUUCGGCAGCUUCCCCUGAUUUGCGGUCGGCAUCGGCUGCUGCUGCCGCCGCUCGCCUUCCAGAAAUAGGUAAUACCAAAUCUCCUUUCUUCUCUUUUCUUUCUUCCUUCACUACUCUUUUUAGCGGUAGCCCCACUCAGUUUAAGGAAUUGAUAGGCAAAGAGAGAUACGAAUUUGAUAGAAUUGAUGAUGCCUUGGAAUUGUUUGAUUGGAUGGUCCAUUCGGAUCCACGCCCUUCUGUGGUGGAGUUUAAUAGACUUGUAGGCGGAGUUGUUAAGAUGAAAGAUUAUGAAUUUGCUGCUUAUUUAUGCAAACAGAUGGAAUUGGAGGGAAUUAGACAUGAUGUUGCUACUCUUAGCAUCCGCAUUAAUUGCUUCUGCCGUUUAGGUUUUGUGAAUUUUGGUUUCUCUAUUCUUGGGAAAAUGUUAAAGAUUGGUAUUGAACCUGAUGCUGUAACGUUUAACACACUGAUCAACGGGCUCUGUGUGCAAGAGAAAUUUGAUGAAUCAGUGAGAGUUUUUAAUGACAUGGUUCGGGAUGGACAUCAACCCAGUUUAAUUACUUACAAUACAAUAGUACAUGGUCUAUGUAAAAUAGGAAAAACCACUGAGGCUGUUAGGUUGCUGAGGAAGAUGGAAGAAAGUGGAUUAAAACCAAACACUGUAACUUACACUACUCUUAUAAUGGGCAUGUGCCAGGUAGGGAAGAUUUGGAUAGCACAAGAGCUUCUCAAGGAAAUGAUUGCUUGUGGUCAAGUUCCAAACUCAAUGACUUAUUCAGUUUUGUUGGAUGGAUUGUGCAAACACGGUCACAUUCAUGAUGCAUACGAGCUGUUUCAAGCAAUGGAGACAAGUGGAUUUCAACUUAAUAUUGUCCAUUAUUCUAUUCUAAUUGAUGGCAUGAGUGAAGUUGGUCAAAUUACAGUUGCAAAGCAACUGUUUUGUAAGCUUGGUAUGAAAGGAUUACGUCCUAAUGUUUACACAUAUACUAUAAUGAUUAAAGGACUUUGCAAGGCAGGACUACCAAAUGAAGCUUAUCAGUUGUUCAGGACAAUGGAAGGGGAUGACUGCUUGCCAAAUGGUUGCACUUAUAAUACAAUGAUUCAAGGAUUUCUUCAAAAUAAUGAUACAUUAAGGGCAAGUCAAAUUAUUGAUGAAAUGGUUGAUCAUGGAUUUUGUGCAGAUGCAUCUACAGCAACCAUGGCAGUGAAUCUAUUAUUUAGUGAUGGAGAAAAACAAUUAUCUAGUGGGAAAAGUUGAUACAAGUGAAAAUGUAACUGAAGCAGAUGUAAAUUAACUUCUUUUUUGUCAUGGUUUCUGCAUCAAAGUCUUAGGAACUUUCUGAACCAUUGGGAGGGACACUAACUGAGAUCAGACUGUCAAGUUUAACCAAGUUCUUGAAGUUAUGAGACAACUUGAGGGAGCAUAUGCCCUCAUUUUCAAAAGCCGACAUUAUCCAAAUGAGUUGAUUACAUGCAGACGUGGAAGUCCAUUGCCCUUAGGUGUCAAAAGGUAGCUGAGAUGGAUUUGAACUUGGUGGAGUCAUUUUUUGUCCAUGCUGAAUAGCACAUACCUGAUGGGCUACUCAUGGGUAACUGGUUUCUAGGAAGCCAUCCUCAAACAUCUGGUCCUGACAAUGAGUUCUUGGUGGUUUACAAUGAAGUUAUUACUAAUUAUGAGGUUUGGUUGAAGUUUCAGUUGCUUUGUUGCUUAUUUUAUUUGCUGACUUGUUGAUAGUGCAUGCUACACAAGAUGCAGACAAUAUAGAUAUCAAGGAAAGCCAAAACUAAACAUGUGUAACACUUAAAAGUGCUAUCUUUUUUUGAUGUUUGGUUGAUUUUAUUUAGAAUAAAUGUACUGUCAUGUC